GACGCAUAGGCGGCGCUGUUUCUUUGUGUUUUUGUCCACCAAGCGCACAGUGGGAGUGUUCCGUCUCAUUCAAAGGUUCCUUCUCCAACGCUUCUGUCAUUACAACCAGAAAAGACACAAAGAAAGACGACUGAUGACAGUGUAGAUCUGAGUGCGUGAUAGCGCUGGAUGUGUGUCGCUCUGUGUUCAUGCUGUUGGCGGAUCGUCUCAUCUGAUUUCUAGCGCAGGUGGAUCAUUUACCGCAUUGAUCAGCUGAGCCUCGAAAAUCAGCAUCAGCAUCAGUCGGUCUGAGUGUUUGCUAAGUGGACAGAGCCGUAAUCAAGCUCCCUGUCUGGAUCUCUGCCAGCGCUCUCUUCCUGCUCCCCUGUCCCUGGAUCCUGACCUCAGGCUGAAUAAUUCCGCCAUCACCCCAGAUUGGAUCUUUGAAACGUGGGACCCUGUCCAGAACCCCCAGAGCCCCUCCGGGCCCACGGGCACAGCGGCACUUUAGGACUGUCUGCUAGUCAUGAGUGAAUUCUGGUUGUGCUUCAACUGCUGUAUCGCCGAGCAGCCGCAGCCGAAGAGGCGGAGACGUAUAGAUCGAAGUAUGAUCGGCGAACCAACCAAUUUUGUCCACACGGCCCACGUAGGAUCCGGAGAUAUCUUCAGUGGCAUAAACUCUGUGAACUCAAUCCAGAACCAAAUGCAGUCAAAAGGAGGGUAUGGAGGAGAGGCCAUGUCUGUUAAUGUACAGCUGGUGGAUACAAAAGCAGGAUAAUGUUCUGUGAUGAGUUAUUUCUGCUCACUGGUUCCCCUCCAGCAUCUCUUCAUGUGCCCUCGGCAGCAACUUCUCACCUCAUUCUUACCCAGCAAACAAAUUGACAGUUGUGCACUCCAUGGUAAAGAGGUCGUCCUGCCCAUCGGACAGCAGGACACCACAGCGCUUCAGUGUUGUGUCCGCUACAGCUUCAUAAACUACGCUCGCAUGCCCCUCGAUGCCCACCAGCCUAGAACUGCGAAGUGUGUCCCUGUUUUCUUCUGUGGUUUGCCAUAAACUGUUGCUUUCUCAUUACUCACAUUUGUGGGUCUGGAACCAAUAAGAACAGUUGUUUUGGGUUUGCUCAUAUUGCCAUGAAAAGACUGGUUUUUAUUUGUGGAUUAAUCAUCAGCGCGGAGCCGACAACAAUGUUUGUAUAAGAAAGUGGCUGUACCUACAGUCAUGUGGUGCCAAACUGAUCAGUGCAACGGAAAGAUAAGAAGUACUUUGUGUUUUAACAUGAACACAACAAAUGCCAUUUAUUAGGAAAUGUGAUUGUUACUUUGCUGUUUACAUUGUUCCAAUUUGCAUUUCUAUGUUUUUUUCUGUUCUCACUGUAAUGAUUUUUGGGAUUAGAAUUAUAACUGAUGUUGAAAGGCAUGAGUGGCAUUUCACCCUCUGCUCUGCUGUCUGCUGUGUCCAUGUCAACGUCCGUAACUUGAUGUAAAGCUAUAGAUAGUGUUCAGAUAAAAUGUAUAAAAAAACAAUUUUGUUUAGUUCUAGUGCUCUCUAUUGAUGUAGCUACAGUUACAGGGUCAUUUCAAUAAAUAAGGUAAGAAGACCUGUGACGUGAAAUUUACUCAGCUCAGGAAACAUCAGUGGCACCUAUCGGCCAUAGUGUCCAGUUUGAAGAUGACUGGACUCGUGAUAGAUCAUGAUUAAACCUUGAGAUGCACAAUAAGAUCCUAUUUCUGUGUGUAAAAGUACUGAGACACUAAGGGAACCCAGUGAUGGAAAACUUGUGAUAUGGGAAGAAAAAAACUUUAUUUCAAUGAUUUUGCGUUUUGCUCGCAAAUGUUUUGCAUUUCCCCAAGAAGCUCUUUGCGUUUUCUUUGGGAAACGCAAAAGCAUUGACAGAAUUUUUCCUCUCAUGCCAUUUUUUAUGACCCUUAGUGGUUCUGUAGUAAAAGACACAACACCCACUGAAAAUUUUCACCUGCUUGUAGAAGUCGUUCACUUGAUUCAAACGUAUUAUGGAAAUAUUAAAUGGGUACCUUAUUUACUGAAAGGCCUUCAUAUUGCAAAGUCACGGACUGAAUUCUGGGGCCGUUCCACUCUCCCUCGCCUACUUGUGUAGUUUUUUAUACAAACAUUGUUCUAGAUUCUAGAAAAUAUAUUUUCCUUUUGAAAGACACUGGCUGCGUCUGAAAACGUAACCAGCUGACUCGUUGCUUCGCUGCCCUAUCAGGCAAUGACUUUGUAAAAUUUGCACAUGAAGGAACCUCAUAAAACUGUUUUCAGACAGAAUUUUGAGGCAGUGCAACAGUUUAAUGAUCUGCAACAAAACAAAGCAAGUUUUGGUGAUAACUGAGUGAAUAUUUAAUUACUACAAUACUAAUUUGUCGCUAGAAAUGACAUCAAGUGGAAAAUGAUUAAAAAUGUAUAUUUACACACAAACGGACCACCAACCGCAACUUUCAGAUGCCGUAUUUACUGUCUCGGAAUGGAACACACAGGAUUGUGGGAUAACAAAGAUUGUGGCUAUACGUAAGUCCCCAAAAAGAAAGUAGACAAAGUAAAUUAUAUUUUGCAUAAAAAAGUACAUUUUUGGGACUUUUUUGGAUUGUGAUGUCUUGUUCAUAACAAUUUAGUAACCUCCAUACUUCUCAGAAAAAAAAAAUCUGAUUUGAUUAUGGAAAAAAAUUGCUCAAAAUGUGCUUAAAUAAUGAAAAUAAUGUUACAAUGCAUAUAUAUUCUUUUAAAUUUGAGGUGAAUGUGAACUUGACCUGGACAUGUUUUUGUGAGAUUCAUCUCUUGGCUGUUUUCAAGAUUAAACAAGUAGUUUAAUUAGAUUUUCAGCUGAUUUCAGCCAAUUAGUCCAGCCAGUUGUGGGUUACCAUACAGUGAACAGUACAUAUUAAGUCUUCUGAAACCUAAUUAACCAGUAUUGCCAAUGCUAUGACAAAAGCAAACUUUGUAAUGGUAUAAGACAAAAAUAAGAAUUAUUUUACAGUACACUGUCACAUAAGCAGUUAAGAACUGUAUAUUUGGGUAUCCCUUUGAUUUUGACCCAGUGUGGUAUGGUUUAUGAAUUUUCAUAAAGGGUAAAAUCCUUUUAGUUGUUUGGUAUUUUGUGCAAUUUAAGGCCUGCUGUGUCAUUGUGAAUAUAUCAGAUGAAAUGUCAAAUUUUGAAACAUUGGCUUUGAGAAAGUCAAAAGAUUACUUGUAUUUGAGAUAAAUGCAAGUAAAUUCCCAUGUAGGUUUUAACAUGGAAUGCUAAAUGUAUCCCUGUUAACUGUUGUUGUUUUAUCAAGUGCUUUAUGUUUGUAUAUAUCUGCACUCAGUUUGCCAUAACCCUCCCUUAAGUUAUUGUCCCUGUUUUUCUGCUGUUGUGUUUUCUUGGCAUGUCCGUCUUAGGGCGUUACGCUGCCUCAGAGAGCUCUGUCAGUCCAUUGACUUCAAUGUGGAUGAUGCGCUUUAUGGAUGUAGAGAAAAAACCUGAGAGUAUGCAAAAGUGACGUGCAUCAAACCGCCAUUUGAACCUUUGCUGCAAAACAAACUCACUCUAUUCCUGCUUGAUUUUAAACUGACCCGAGUCUUUCCACACCUUUAAAAUACAUAUUUGUCAGAUGCUCAGAGCUUUCUCUGGUGUGCAUCCCUAAGCCAUCAGCCAUCUUGGCACUUUUUCUUAGUCAUUUGGGGCCUCGUUCAUGAAAGACAAGCGUGCUAUAUGUGAACUGAAUUUCUGAUGUAAGCUGGUUGAACAAAUGAUUUGAAGAUAUUCGCUGUGUUAAAGGGUUAGUUCACCCAAAAAUGAAAAUAAUGUCAUUAAUUACUCACCCUCAUGGCGUUCCACACCCGUAAGACCUUCGUUAAUCUUCGGAACACAAAUUAAGAUAUUUUUGUUGAAAUCCGAUGGCUCAGUGAGGCCUCCAUAGCCAGCAAUGACAUUUCCUCUCUCAAGAUUCAUUCAUGUACUAAAAACAUAUUUAAAUCAGUUCAUGUGAGUACAGUGGUUCAAUAUUAAUAUUAUAAAGUGACGAGAAUAUUUUUGGUGCGCCAAAAAAAACAACUUAUAUAAUGACUUAUAUAGUGAUGGCCGAUUUCAAAACACUGCGUCAGGAAGCUUCGGAGCGUUGUGAAUCAGCGUGUCGAAUCAGCGGUUCGGAGCGCCAAAGUCACAUGAUUUCAGCAGUUUGACACGCUGAUUCAUAACGCUCUAAAGCUUCCUGAAGCGGUGUUUUGAAAUCGGCCAUCACUAUAUAAGUCAUUAUUUUGUUUUUUUGGAGCACCAAAAAUAUUCUCGUCACUUUAUAAUAUUAAUAUUGAACCACUGUACUCACAUGAACUGAUUUAAAUAUGUUUUUCUCAAUUUGCGUUCCGAAGAUUAACGAAGGUCUUACAAGUGUGGAACGCCAUGAAGGUGAGUAAUAAAUGACAUUAUUUUCAUUUUUGGGUGAACUAACCCUUUAAUGUUUCAUGAAUGAGGCCCGUAUUGUGUACUGGACUGAAAUGGUACUGAUGGCAGAAAUUAGAGCGGAUAUGUGAUGGAAUGAUAAAGACAUUGAGAAGCCCAUCUAGUUAGAUUGGUGAUUUUGUUUUUAUUUUAUUGCAAUGUUAUUUAAAGUGUGGCCAAAGUGUUGCCAACCAACAUGCAAUACAUGACAAUAAAUCUCUGCCUUUGUUUUACCAUAGAUGAAUUUCAGCAUCAGGGAAACAAGCUCAGCUUUCUCAAUAUCAGAUGUCAAACUUCUUUUUUUUUUCUUCUUCUUUUUUUUUUUUUUUUUUUUUGGUACCCAUGUUAUUUUACAUUGUGUGUCAACUGGUAGAUUACCUGAUGUGUUCUGUUGAAAUAAAUAUUUUUUACAUGCAA